AUGUUAGAGCAGUUCACCACCGAAGACGUCAUCUCCCUGGCCUUCUACCUCAGUCUCCUGGGAUCCUUCCUCUGCUUCCUCAAGUUCCUAACAGACGCAAACCUACGAGCCUGGUCCAACAUUUGUAAGGACAAAGCCUGGGCCAGAGAGAAGAGGGGAGAGAAGAAAGCUAGAAGAAUACCGGAGCGUGAGCUGCUGGGAAAUGCGUGGUUUGGAGGGCCGUGCGGGCUCCUGGCUAUGGUGGUAGAGUGGCACAAGGUGAGAAAGCCACUCUUUGUUGGUGGCUACUUGUGUCGGAGUCUGACAGGAGCCGGGGUGUGUCUGCUGGUUCUCCUGCUCUACCUGGUGCUGGCUCUGCCCCACACUGUGGCCCACUGGUCAUCUGCCAAGGGCCUGAUACUCAAUUUCCUGGAGUGGUCAGAACAGUUCCGCUCUGUCCUCCUCUUCUGA